AGGAGCCGGCAGGUUUUCUAAUAAAUCGCGCCGGGGCUAGAAGCGGCGGCGGCGAGUCAGGGCUGGGGCGCACGCCGGAGAGGGAGCCCGAGGAAGCGGUGCUGCGGCUGGCAAGGAGCGAGCGGGAGAACCCGGGAGCGAGGGAGCAGAAGCAGCCCACUCGCCUUGGCGUCUGGGAGCCAGCUCCGGGUUCAGCCGCUCCUUCCCCGCAGCGGGACUGAGGGGUGCCAGGGCUGCGCCGGGACGCGCCGAGCGCGCAGCACAGCGCGGCAGCCCCCGCGGGCCGCGGCGGGAGUGUGCUGGCAGCCCGCUUGGGCUCUGUGGAGUCGGUCCGCGGGAGAGAGACAGUGGCCCGCUUCGACAGUCCCGUCCCGCUCCGUCCCGCUCCGUCCCGGCUCGCCCAGCCAGACCCUGUCCGCCAUGGAGCCGGUCCUUCUGGGAGACUCUGAGCAGGCGCCCCAUUUCGCUAACUGCUCGGGCGCCAACGCGUCGGAUCAGGAGCCGGAGCUGGAGGGGGGCGGCCGCAGCGCGGCGUCCAUCGCGCUGGCUGUGGCUAUCACGGCUCUCUACUCGGCGGUGUGUGUGGUGGGACUCCUGGGCAACGUACUGGUCAUGUAUGGGAUCGUAAGAUACACUAAGAUGAAGACGGCCACCAACAUCUACAUCUUCAACCUGGCUCUGGCUGAUGCCUUGGCCACCAGCACAUUGCCCUUCCAGAGUGCCAAGUAUCUGAUGGAGACGUGGCCCUUCGGGGAGUUGCUUUGCAAGGUGGUUCUCUCCAUCGAUUACUACAACAUGUUCACCAGCAUCUUCACCCUCACCAUGAUGAGCGUGGACCGCUACAUUGCUGUCUGCCACCCAGUCAAGGCCCUUGACUUCCGCACCCCAGCCAAAGCGAAACUGAUCAACAUAUGUAUCUGGCUUCUUUCCUCUGGCAUUGGUGUGCCCAUCAUGAUCAUGGCUGUGACCCAGGCCCAGGACGGGAUGGUGGUCUGCAUGCUGCGGUUUCCCUAAGCCAGCUGGUACUGGGACACCGUGACCAAGAUCUGCGUGUUUAUCUUUGCCUUCGUGGUACCCAUCCUGGUCAUCACCGUGUGCUACGGACUGAUGAUUCUGCGCCUGCGGACCGUGCGCCUGCUCUCCGGCUCCAAGGAGAAGGACCGCAACCUGCGGCGCAACCGCAUGGUGCUGGUGGUGGUGGCCGCCUUCAUCAUCUGCUGGGGCCCCCAUCCACAUCUUGUCAUCGUCUGGACCCCUGGUGGACAUCGCAAGAGGAACCCGCUGGUGGUGGCCAGCCUGCACCUGUGCAUUGCCCUGGGCUACACCAACAGCAGCCUCAACCCCGUGCUUUACGCCUUCUUGGAUGAAAACUUCAAGCGCUGCUUCCGAGAGUUCUGCGGCCCUUCCGCCGGGGGCCCCACCGGAGCCCAGUAGCUUCAGCCGGGCCCGCGAAGCCACCAUCCGGGAGCGGGUCUCCACCUGCUCUCCCUCAGACGGCCUUAGUAGGCCGGCCUGACUAGAGCUGGGCCCGGCCUCCCGGGCAGCCCCGGGGGCCGAGCUCCACUCGGAAGUGACCCAGGUCACCACGACAGAGUUUAGUCAUAUGAUUGGGUGGGGGGGGGGUAGGGGGCUGCAACAGAGAGGGGAGGGGCCGUAGGAAAUAUU